AUGCCUAAAGAUCCUAACCUUCCUACUCAAACAUUAACUUCUGACCCAUUAUCGACCUCCUCACUCAGCAGCGAAUGUGGGCUAAAAGACUUUUACCGAAUUACGUUAAAAUUUAAAAAUAAAAGUCUUGAAAAGGAAUUUAAAGAAUCAAUUUUAUUUGGUAAAAAGAAGUUUCAUGAGUUUUAUCCUAUGCAAGGAAAACACUUCUUUUUGAGUUUUUAUGGGACAAUGCUGGUGUAUAUUUUGAUGUACAUACUGGUGUACGCAACCGAUAAUUUGUAUAGUAAAAUUUUUGAAUUCCAAGUAAUAUCUUUAGCCUUGGUAUAGCUCAUACACCUUAAUAGAUCUCUAUACCCCAGCAGAAUACUGACCAGAAAAAAUAUGGAACAGGGCACCUGCCUUAUACAGUAUAAGUCUGAUUAGGCGCCUUAAAACCAUAACCGGAGAUUUGUCAAUUUCGUUUUUAUUUUUCAAAAAAGCUGAGAAGUACAAAUUAAUUUUUAAAAUUAAAAUGGAUGGCCAAUAGUGAUCUAAAAUAUUUCAGGGGCUAUACUGAUUUUCAGCAUCAUUAUUUUUUGUCUGUCAUAUCACACAAGAAUUUUCAGAAAAUUUCGAAUUGACAUUUUACAAUUCAACUAUUUUUCAUUUGGAGUAUUUCUAAUUCUUAACAAUCCUCCUGUGCAAGUAGCUAUUUUUGGAGAUGAAGCUGAUGUUUAUAUUUCAAGUCUUCCCGGCCUAUUAGUGAUUUUAGGAGUCUCUAAGUUUGUAUUAUAUACAAAUUAUUUUGAAUUUGGGAUUACCAAUAUAUGUCUCGCGAUAAUUUACUUAAUUUCUCACUUGCCCUCAAAACAGUCAUUAAUCACAACUCUGUUAGAGCUUGCAAUUUAUGUGUUCCAAAUAGUAUAUGAGACUGCCAAAUUUUAUCAGGUAGAAGUAAAGCUUAGAUACCAUUUUCAGUUAUUGCAAGCUGAUGCAGAACUGGAAAAGGAUAACGGGACUAAUGAUGGCCCAAAAUCAGAAAUUGAAGAGGUUACAAGCUGACUGAUCGAGUCUUUAGAAUUAAUUGAAAGUCUUAUAAGCCAAGCUUCAGCAGCCAGCAAGCUACAACUAGCUAGAGUGCUAGAGCUAUUAAAUAAAACUUCGAAAACUAUUACAUCAAAAAGAAAUAUAUAUUCUACAGAUAUUGAAAUCAUCACUAAGCAUAUGGAUAAAGAUGAUAGAGAAUUUAUUAAACAAGCAUGAAGUGAUCAAAAUAGCCUUAAUUCGAAAUCAACUAUACCAUAGCACAGCUUAUUGCUUGUUCUAGGGGAUUUGGCAAAUAAAUUCAAUAUGUAAACCGAAAUUUAAUCCAAGAUGAGCAGCAAGCAGUCCUAGGGUAUAUAACAGAAUACGGGUACGUAAAACGUCUGAGUUAUUUAAACUUAAGGCUUAUGAUGUUUUCGAGUUAAACGGAAUUUUACGCCAAAUAGGGAAAAAUUGAAAUUUUGAUACAUUUUUCUUGAAAGAAUGUACAGAAAACAAGCCACUUUUAAUUACAGGUAAAUACUGUGCUAAAAAAUACAGACUAGAUGAAGCUUUUAGCAUUCAAGAAAAAAUUUAUAUCGAAUUUUUCGAAAAAUUAGAAUCUUUAUAUAAGCAAAACCCUUAUCACAAUUCAACCCACGCAGCUGACGUUUUAGCCUCAUUUUUAUAUAUAACCAAUAAAUCAUGCCUAUCAGAUGCACUAUUAGAAGUAGAAAUUUUGGCUUCAAUAAUUGCAAAUCUUGGCCAUGAUGUCGCUCAUCCAGGGUUUACAAACAGAUUCCUUACUCCUACCUCUGUGAGCGAAAAAAUACUUUAUUCGCUCGCCGAGGGAUUAAUAUUUUUCUUAAAAAAAAAGUAUAUUGUUCCUUGCACAUUUUUGAUCACCAGUAUAGCUCACUUAUUGGCGAUCAAAAAUGUGCAAGGAACAAUAUAUGCAAAUUUUAGUAAUAUUUUUCGAAAUUUAAAAAUAGCCAAUUCGCAAAAUUGGAAAGCAAAAAUUAAUUUAACUUGUAAAAUUUAAGUUUUAAAAUCUAGAUGCUUAAAUUUAACAGAAUUGACUACAGAUUUUAUCAUAUUAACAAUCGCCUAUAUAUUAAAACUGUUUAAAUGUAACAGAAUUAGCAAAAGAUUCAUUAGAUUAAUUAUCACCUAUAUAUUCAAAUUUUUUUUUUAAAAAAUUUUAUCUUAAAAACAUUUAUUAUCUCAUGCUUUUAGCCAAAAUAUAGAAUUUUUCUAAUGGCCUUGUUCGCUCAUUGAAGAGCGAGUUAUAAAUAAAAAAGAUGAGCUAGCUAUCAGAUAUAACGAUGCUUCAGUGCUUGAAAGCAUGCAUUGCUCAACCAUUUUUCAAAUUGUCCUUACUCCAGAAACCAAUAUUUUUAUAUCUUUAGAUAAAGACCAAUGAAUAGCAGCCAGGAAAUUUAUCGUGGAAAUGAUCUUAGCGACUGAUAUGGGCAGACAUUUCGAUUUAUUAGGACAAUUUCGAGCUAAAAUUAUGAACAAUAGUUCUAGACCUUUAGAAACUCCAGAAAAUAGGAUUGAUGUAUUAAGAAUGACGAUAAAAGCAGCUGAUAUUGGCCACGCAGCAAAGGUAAGAGAAUUGCAUGAAAGAUGGUCUGUUUUAGUUGUAGAAGAAUUCUUUAAUCAAGGGGAUAUAGAAAAAACGCUCAAUCAGCCUAUUUCGAUGUAUUGUGAUAGAGAUACAACUGAUAUAUCAAAAUCUCAAGCUGGUUUUAUUAAAAAUAUUGCGUUGCCUUUAUAUGAAGCUCUAAAUAGCUAUUUAAUAUCGUCUGCAAUAGAUGAAAACUGUAUAGAGCAACUGAAAAUAAACCAAUCGAAUUGGGAAUUUAUGUCAAAUAAGCAUAGAAUGCUAUCGCAUUGUUCAAUAGAACCAAGCUCGGAUUACCAAGAAUUAGUUAAUAAAUAUAUUCCAUUGAGGAGAGGAAGCACUCACACUCUUGACAAAAAAGAUUUGGAGGACGAUCCUUGGAUACUAUAG